AUGCAGCCCCAGAGCCCAGGCGCUGGUCGCUGCAGCACCUUCCUGAUGCUUCUGGAAUCUCGGGGAAGCGAUGCUUUGUUUUCCAGUUGCAACAGCCCCAAAAAGGUGCACCGGGGCUGGGCAGCGACUUCAAUUUUGGCUUCACUGGCACAAAGGGGGACAGGUUGGUGAGGUAUCCCCGCAUUCGGCUGGAGAGGAGCACCUCGUACCCUACCCAGCCCCGGGUCGGCCGGGGGAGUCCCACGGAAGACCGAGGAGCCCCUGAGACGCUGCCUUGGACAGGCAGGAUGGCUCCUGAGAUCCGCAGGACAAAUUCCACGGAGAGGACUUCACAGGGUCAGGGGUGCACGUUUAAGAUCAGGCAAGAUCAAAAUGCGGGGCAGCAGCAUUUCCGGAUUCUUGUGACUCGGGGGCCGGAAGAAACUCCCCAGAAUCCCGAGGAGGAGAAUGGCAAGAGUCCUGAUUCUCCAGGAGCGGGUGCCCCGACACGAGACGACUUCCUGGGCCAGGUGGACGUGCCCCUUAGUCACCUUCCGACAGAAGAUCCAACCAUGGAGCGACCUUAUACAUUUAAGGACUUUCUCCUUCGACCAAGAAGUCAUAAAUCUCGAGUUAAGGGAUUUUUGCGGUUGAAAAUGGCCUACAUGCCAAAAAAUGGAGGGCAAGAUGAAGAAAGCAGCGAACAGAGAGACGACAUGGAGCAUGGGUGGGAAGUUGUUGACUCCAGUGACUCAGCUUCUCAGCACCAGGAGGAGCUUCCUCCUCCUCCUCUGCCCCCUGGGUGGGAAGAGAAAGUGGACAAUUUAGGCCGAACAUACUACGUCAACCACAACAACCGGACCACACAGUGGCACCGACCAAGCUUAAUGGAUGUGUCUUCCGAGUCAGACAACAACAUCAGACAGAUCAACCAGGAGGCUGCUCACAGGCGCUUCCGCUCUCGAAGGCACAUCAGUGAGGACUUGGAGCCUGAGGCCUCCGAAGGUGGAGAGGGCCCUGAGCCUUGGGAGACCAUUUCAGAGGAAGUGAACAUGACCGGAGACUCCCUUGGUCUGGCUCUGCCUCCGCCGCCUGCUUCUCCGGUGUCUCGGACCAGCCCACAGGAGCUGUCGGAGGAGCUGAGCAGAAGGCUUCAGAUCACUCCAGAUUCCAACGGGGAACAAUUCACUUCUCUGAUUAGAGAACCCUCUUCCAGGCUACGGUCCUGCAGUGUCACUGACACAGUCGCGGAGCAAGGCCACCUACCACCGCCCAGCGCCCCAACUGGGAGAGCGCGCUCAUCAACUGUCACGGGUGGUGAGGAGCCAACGCCAUCAGUGGCCUAUGUACAUACCACGCCGGGCCUACCUUCAGGCUGGGAAGAAAGAAAAGAUGCUAAGGGACGCACAUACUAUGUCAAUCAUAACAAUCGAACCACAACAUGGACUCGACCAAUCAUGCAGCUUGCAGAAGAUGGUGCCUCUGGAUCAGCCACAAACAGUAACAACCACCUAAUCGAGCCUCAGAUCCGCCGGCCUCGUAGUCUCAGUUCGCCAACAGUAACUUUAUCUGCCCCACUGGAGGGUGCCAAGGAUUCACCCAUACGCCGGGCUGUGAAAGAUACUCUUUCCAAUCCACAGUCCCCACAGCCAUCACCUUACAACUCCCCCAAACCACAACACAAAGUCACACAGAGCUUCCUGCCACCUGGCUGGGAAAUGAGGAUAGCUCCCAACGGCCGGCCUUUCUUCAUUGACCAUAACACAAAGACUACGACAUGGGAAGAUCCACGCCUGAAAUUUCCAGUACAUAUGCGAUCAAAGGCAUCUUUAAACCCCAAUGACCUUGGCCCUCUUCCGCCUGGCUGGGAAGAAAGAAUUCACCUGGAUGGCCGCACGUUUUAUAUUGACCAUAAUAGCAAAAUAACCCAGUGGGAAGACCCGAGACUGCAGAACCCAGCUAUCACUGGUCCGGCUGUUCCUUACUCCAGAGAAUUUAAGCAGAAAUAUGACUACUUUAGGAAGAAAUUAAAGAAACCCGCUGAUAUUCCAAACAGAUUUGAAAUGAAACUACACAGAAAUAACAUAUUUGAGGAGUCCUAUCGGAGAAUCAUGUCUGUAAAAAGACCAGAUGUCCUAAAAGCUAGACUAUGGAUUGAAUUUGAGUCAGAGAAAGGUCUGGAUUAUGGGGGUGUAGCCAGAGAAUGGUUCUUCUUACUGUCCAAAGAGAUGUUCAACCCCUACUACGGUCUCUUUGAAUACUCUGCAACGGACAACUACACACUUCAGAUCAAUCCUAAUUCAGGCCUCUGUAAUGAAGAUCAUUUGUCUUAUUUCACUUUUAUUGGAAGAGUUGCUGGUCUGGCAGUAUUUCAUGGGAAACUAUUAGAUGGUUUCUUCAUACGACCAUUCUACAAGAUGAUGUUGGGAAAGCAGAUCACUCUGAACGACAUGGAAUCUGUGGAUAGUGAAUACUACAACUCUUUGAAAUGGAUCUUAGAAAACGAUCCUACUGAACUGGACCUCAUGUUCUGCAUAGAUGAAGAAAACUUUGGGCAGACAUAUCAAGUGGAUUUGAAGCCCAAUGGAUCAGAAAUAAUGGUGACAAAUGAAAACAAAAGGGAAUAUAUUGACUUAGUCAUCCAGUGGAGGUUUGUGAACAGGGUCCAGAAGCAAAUGAAUGCCUUCUUGGAGGGAUUCACGGAACUGCUUCCUAUUGAUUUGAUUAAAAUUUUUGAUGAAAAUGAGCUAGAGUUGCUGAUGUGCGGCCUCGGUGACGUUGACGUGAACGACUGGAGACAGCAUUCUAUUUACAAGAAUGGCUACUGCCCGAAUCACCCUGUCAUUCAGUGGUUCUGGAAGGCUGUGCUGUUGAUGGACGCCGAGAAGCGGAUCCGGUUACUGCAGUUUGUCACGGGGACAUCCCGUGUACCCAUGAAUGGAUUUGCCGAACUUUAUGGUUCCAAUGGUCCUCAGCUGUUUACAAUAGAGCAGUGGGGCAGCCCUGAGAAACUGCCCCGAGCUCACACAUGCUUUAAUCGCCUUGACUUACCUCCGUAUGAAACCUUCGAAGAUUUACGAGAGAAACUUCUCAUGGCCGUGGAAAAUGCUCAAGGAUUUGAAGGAGUGGAUUAAGGCCUCUUUCCUCAGGGCCAGUGACCAUCCAGCAAGUUCCACGUGCUCUUUUGCAUUUGCCUGACAGACUUUUGCAGAGCCGGUGACAGAGCACCGCUGUGCAGCAUGGCUUCCGGAGCCCAGCCUCCACCCCUGCCAUGCCCACCUUCAGACUCGGGAACCUGGUCCCAGCCGAAUUCCCGCUCUUCACCACGAAUUCUCAACUGGCUGAUGUGUACACUAAUUACAUUUCAGGAAGACUUGUUCUAUUUAUGUUGUGCCUCUGCAGGCAAAGCCCUUAAUAAAUAUUUUGCAUACUUUCUAAUGACAGUGAAUGGAAUUAAUCACUCUACAGGUAUAGUAUUACAAUUCAUGUUUACUUUUUAAAAUGAUUUAGACUGAUUUUCAGAUUUUAUUUCAUUACAAUUAAAGAUGUCUCAUGUACUUGGUAAAGUGAGCAUAUUUUUUUUGUAUUUGAAUUUCAUACCAGGCUGAAUGUCAAUGACAUUUUUAUUUUUGAAGUAUUCUGACACCCCACCCCUGUACUUUAUUAGAAAUCGAAAUUAAUUUUUGUUCAAAAACCUUCUACAGACAAGAACUUGGAGAGAAUUUCAAAUAUAACGUUAGGCAUAAUGAUAAUUUUUCCAUACUCAGAAUGAAAAUAAACUGGACGUUACUUUUUUUUGUACAAAUUUAGGUAGUAGCUACAGGCCGAGAGAAUUGUAACAUAGCAUGACAUAUUUGUGUUAACUUGAAAGGAAUCACACCAUUAUUCCUUAGAAGUAAUUACGUGUGCUAUAACACAUUUGAGACAGGGUUAGACUAUCAUUUCUCCUGAGAGAAAUUGCUUAACCCUUCCUGUUGCUGUACAGUCACCCUUUUAUUAUAUUUCCCCUUUUGCUGUUUGUAGUAGAAACAUUUUGAAUGAAACUCGGCACUGCUUGAUUCAAAACUCCGGAAGCCAGAUCCCUUCUGUCUCCUUUUUGUGUGUUCACUAAUCGUAGCUAAAUAACCAGUUCUUGCUCUCACUGCACCAAUUCUGAAGGCACUUUAUGUACCACAUGGAGGUCAUAACCUGGUUUUGUUUCUGUUCAUUUUUUAUCACAAACAUUCAAUGUGAUGAUUAUUUCUUUUCUCUGCACACAUCUUGCUGGUGCAAUAUCUAUCAGUUGUGAAUCUGGCUGCUGGUGUAUAAAACCCUGAAUGUAAAGCUGAGCCUACAGACCUGUCCUUUCCAACUGUUUCAUGAUUUCUACUCAAUACAAGGAUUUAUUUAAUAGACACUUAAUCUAACCAACUUUUGUUACCUAUGACCUGUUGCAUGCUUCAAUACCGUGUACUGCCUGAGUCGCAUCUCUCGUAAGCUAGAUUAAAAGUGAGAAAGAAGACUUGACUUGAUCCACUGAGGUCAUGCUGUGGUGGUGGAGGACUGAGGGUCUCUGUGGAGUUUGAUUCUUUCUCACUUGUGCUGUCAAGUUCUGAGAAGAUGCCUAAGACAGCGGGAGAGUUCAGCAACCCUCCUGUCCUGUUCAACUUGUGUUGUCCUAGACCCCAUUGUGGCCAAGUUAGAAGACACUAGAGAUUGGGUCUCUUGCCAGUCACAGAUAAGACAGAAAUUUGUGGUUGCAGAGUCUCUGUUGUGUAAGACCUUUGGUGUAAGAAAUCAGUCAUAUUUGUGCAGUUCUGGCGGCAUGUGAGAAACCAUGGGCACUUAUGAUUGUAAAUGAGUUGUCUGAGGGAAUACAGAACCCUGAUGUUCUGAAAGGUGACUUCUACAGAGCUGAGUAUUGGUUUCCUUUUCAUAUUGAUUUAAAAAUAUUUAGUAGUAAUCAGAAAACUUUUGGUUUUUUGUACCAGAGAUCAAACUCAGGACCUUGCGCUUGUGAGGCCACUGAGCUACAUCCCUGGCCCUUAAGUAAUUUUUUUUUUUUUUGUACCGAGGAUCGAACUUGGGUCUUUAUGCUUGCAGGGCAGGCGGCAGAACCACUGAGCUAAAUCCCCAGCCCAUAAGUAAUUAUUUUUAAAAUGCUCAUUAUUGGGGGGUGGGGUGAGAUUUUUUUAACCCCCUACAGUUAACACAACAAAUGUCUCAGUGGCAAAAAUCCUCUUUUUAAAAA